CAAAAGACUGAAAAAUUAGGGGGACGGGGAAACGCUAGAAAUCCACUAUAACUCGAAAAUAAUAACCAGAGUUUACAGUCCGGGAACCAUCCAGUUCUUCUCAAGCUCCUGCAACAGACACACGAAAUGGAUGAAUUACCGCCAGAACAAAUCGCCGUUUUGCGCAAGGCCUUCGAGGCGUUCGACAACCAGAAGUCCGGGAGCAUCCCGUGCGACAUGGUUUCGGACAUCUUGCGUCUGAUGGGGCAGCCCUUCGACAAGAAGAUCCUGGAGGAGCUCAUCGAGGAGGUGGACGCGGACAAGUCGGGCCGCCUGGAGUUCGAGGAGUUUGUCACGUUGGCCGCCAAGUUCAUCGUGGAGGAGGACGACGAGGCCAUGCAGAAGGAGUUGAAGGAGGCCUUCAGACUCUACGACAAGGAGGGGAACGGGUACAUUCCCACCACGUGUCUCCGGGAGAUUUUGCGCGAGUUGGAUGACCAAUUGACGGAUAAGGAGUUGGAUAUGAUGAUUGAGGAGAUCGACACUGACGGGUCUGGAACCGUGGAUUUCGAUGAAUUCAUGGAGAUGAUGACUGGUGAAGUGUAAACAGGCCCAAGCCCGGCGAAUUUCAGUGCAUUUUACAAAAAAACCAACAAGUGUACACAUUUUAUUUUAAUUAAUUUACAAUUUGUAUUUUAUUUCAUAAAUAAAUUUAUUGACUCGU